UAUUUUGAGAUUAAUGGAAUGAGUGGCAUUAAGGUUUGACCUAAGUGACGUUUUCUUUUGGGAUCAGGCAGGAUAUGUUUCUUAUGUUAUACCGCAGACAGAACACAGUAUUGUCUGGUUUGGAAGAUGUUCUGCUCAGGGAGCUGACGUCUCUGGAGACAUCUGGUCGUCAAAGCAUCAAAUUACAUUCUCGCUGUACUUCAAGUCAAAGUUUUCUUCAUUCAGUGGUCGGGUCAACAUUCCUCCACUUUAUCUUUACAUUGCAAAUAGUUUCUGUUUAUUUUUUUUGCUUUGAAUUUCGAAUUCAGCACCGUAAGUCUAGUUUUGCUAUUCCAUACAUUUCAGACGAUCUGUUGAACAUUUUGUGUUUACAGUUUUUUAUAAUCAGUUAUUAAGAUUGUGUAUUUUUAUAGUUUAAACUACCCAAAAGUACAGACAGUAGUCAAUAUUAGCUCCAUUUAUAUGUUGUUUGUGUCAAUAUUAGCAAUAUAAUAAUGCAAGAUAUAUUCACUAAAAAGGAACAAAUGUACAGAAUGAGUACUUUGGCUGCAUUCCCUUUUUGAAUGCAGUUCUUUUACUUACAACUAAGUAUAGGCCCAUUUAUAUUGCGGUAGCUUUACUGGGGAGAGUUAGCCAAUUAGCUGAAUUUAGAAAAUCAAAUUUUCCACAUGCACACAUGAUUUCAAAACGUCCCUAUCAAUAAAUGACCCUUUUUACAGUGUCCCAUAUUUAAGUGGAAGGUUUAAACUGCCCUCUAGUGGUAAGAAAGGAAAGUCACCACUCCACACUUACCAGUUUGACAAACAAACAGCCUGUUCAAUACUUGUAACGGUGCUUAUCUUAAUUCAAGAGAGGUUCCCACCUCUGUUAUACUUGUCUCAGAUGACCCUAUUGCUCUUCCUCUAAUGGAGAAACCAGGAUGUACAGGAUGGUGGAUGUGAAUGCUUCUCUACCGUCUGAGCUCCCCCUUGGGCCUUUUUCAAAAUGUUGAAACAGACGGAGAGGCAGACAAGCAGCAUGGUCCUCCCCCCUCCUGCCUACCAAGUACUUGUCCUUAGUAACAGUCAGCUGACAUGCUGAGUAGUGCUCAGUGAACCACACACAAGCACACAGAUCACAGAGCCUCAGUCGUUCACUCCUCCACCAGCCACUCAGGCCUCAUGGCUCUCACAAUUAAAACAGAGCAGAAAAAGCUCACCCAGACUCCUGUGCUCAAGAUCUGGAUGCCAUGGAUAGGCUGCAACUUGAACCGCAGGAGAGGAUAUGCAGCUAUGGUGUUUGCUUAUACACUUUCAACAGUCAUGGCCUCGGUGCCUCAGUUCUGUAACUCUCCCACAAUGAUUGUGAUGGUGGGGUUGCCGGCCAGAGGAAAGACGUACAUCUCCAAGAAGCUCACUCGCUACCUAAACUGGAUCGGAGUGCCGACAAAAAUGUUUAACGUGGGCCAGUACCGCAGAGAGGCUGUCAAGAUCUAUAAGAACUUUGAAUUCUUCAAACCCGACAAUGAGGAGGCCAUGAGGAUCCGCAAGGCCUGUGCAUCAGCUGCCCUCAAAGAUGUCGCCGCCUACUUCUCAAAGGACCAGGGACAAAUAGCCGUAUUUGAUGCUACCAACACCACCAGGGAGAGGAGGACGCUCAUCCUGACUUAUGCAAAGGAGAGAGGCUACAAAGUGUUCUUUGUGGAGUCAAUCUGUGACGACCCAGAAAUCAUUGCAGAGAAUAUUAAGCAAGUAAAAUUAGGGAGUCCGGAUUACGUGGAUCGUGACACAGAUGAGGCCUUGUUGGACUUCAGCCAGCGCAUUGAGUGUUACAGGGCUAGCUACAUGCCCAUAGACAACGAGAAAGACAGGAACCUCUCCUAUAUCAAGAUCUUCGACGUGGGCAGUAGAUACCUGGUGAACCGGGUCCAGGACCACAUUCAAAGCAGGAUAGUCUACUACCUCAUGAACAUCCAUGUCACGCCAAGAGCCAUCUACCUGAGCCGCCACGGUGAGAGUGAACUCAACCUGUUAGGGUACAUUGGUGGAGACUCAGGCCUCUCUCCGAGAGGACAAAAGUAUGCCAAUGCCUUGGCGACCUUCAUCAGAGGUCAGAAUAUCAGAGACCUGAAGGUGUGGACGAGCCACAUGAAGAGGACCAUCCAGACUGCAGAAGCUCUGGGAGUCCAGUAUGAACAGUGGAAGGCCCUCAAUGAGAUAGACGCUGGUGUAUGUGAGGAGCUCACCUACGAAGAGAUUCAGAAGAAUUUCCCCGAAGAGUUUGCACUAAGAGACCAGGACAAGUAUCGUUAUCGUUACCCAAAGGGUGAGUCCUAUGAGGACCUUGUCCAUCGUCUAGAGCCGGUGAUCAUGGAGCUGGAGAGGCAGGAAAACGUUCUGGUCGUCUGCCACCAAGCCGUAUUUCGCUGCCUGUUGGCCUACUUUCUAGACAAACCUGCAGAUGAGCUACCUUAUCUAAGAUGCCCACUUCACACAGUGCUCAAACUCACACCAGUAGCUUACGGGUGUCAAGUGGAAUCCUUUUUCCUCAAUAUUGAAGCAGUCAACACGCACAGAGAGAGGCCAGUGAAUGUGGACAUCAACAGAAACCCAGAGGAGGCUCUGCUGACGGCUCCUGACCACCCGUAAAUGCUGUUUAGUGAGGAAAGGACUCGAAUCACGUGAAACUCAACGAGUUGCCAGAUAUUAGCUACUAAAUACUAGAGAUGCACUCCAGUGAGAGGUGGACAACUCGACGGAAGGAGGAGUCUAGAUGUAGAACUGGUACUAUUUUAGCUACUGUAUAUUAAAACACAUCAGUGCAAACGCUCCUGGAAUGAACGGGACAUAGUUGGAGAUCAUGUUUAAAAUAUGAGCGUGACAUCCUGUGUCUCAUGUGACUGGAGCUGGCUUUUUUUUGGGAUAAAUUGUCACAUUGUUUACAAAUGAUUCAGAGACAAUAGGAAUACACUUAAAACGUUGUAGUGAGGUUGUCAUUGCACAGAUAAUGUUCUGUUGAUAAUUGAAUUAUAAAAGUGGGGAUCAGAACCAUGGACAGCACCCAAACAAACAAGUCAUGUUGACUUGGGGACUUGGCUGUUGUCAAGUGCAUACCUUACCUGAACACUAAACUUCAGCCAAGGCUUCAUGUAAUAAUGUAAAUAAAUACAGCAAACAUCCAAGACAUUGCUCCGAAAAUAAAUCCAAUGUACAAAUGU